AUGGAAUGCCAUUUCUUAUCUAGUUUAAACCGUCUUAAUUUUAUUGAUUGCUAUUUUCGAACAGAAUAUGAAACUAUUAUUCAUGCUCUCAAUGAUAUUUGGCGUUUAACAUAUCUCACACAUUGUCACAUGGAUAUAUCUCUAUUCAAUAGGUCAUUAAUUAUUGUACCAUUCAUAAUUUCGACAACACUUCAAUCAUUGUCAAUUGAAUCUUAUUCAUAUUCCCUCAAUCAACUCACUAAUCUAUUGAAACACUCACCAUUACUUCGCUACCUAUCGAUAUUAAUCAAUGAUAAUACAUCAAAUCAACCAUCUACAUUUUCACUACAAUAUUUAACCACAUUACAAUUAUUUGAAAAUGGUUCACAGUCGACAAUGAUGAAUCUUCUGCGAAAUUCAGCCAAUUUACGUUUGUUAAUCGUAAAAACCGAUCAAAUCAAGAUGAAUGGAUAUGACUGGCAAACAAUCAUUGUUGAUCAUUUGCCUGAUUUACAAGUUUUUAAAUUAAUGAUGAUAUUUCGUUUAAACAAUAAUGAUAACAAGAAACAACAUGCGGAUAAUUUAUUGAAUUCAUUUCGAACAUCGUUUUGGCUUGAAAAACAUCAAUGGUUUGUUCGAUGUGAAUGGAAUCGAUGUGAAGAAUGUGACAAUAACAAUUUGUAUCUCUAUACACUACCCUAUGCGUUCGAAGAUUAUUUUAUUCAUGACAUGAAAUUCUGCUCAAAAUCAACUUGUAGGUAUGACGAUGAUGUGUCAUCUUAUGAUCGAGUUCAACGUUUAUCACUUGCAACAUCUCCAUUGAUUGGUGAUAUAUUGCCAUGUUUUCGUUUUUCUCAAUUACAUUAUAUCGAUUUAGAUUUUCCUUUCGAUACAAAUUUAUUUGCUAUCAUCACAAAAUUCAAUCGACUAGUUUCCAUUCGUAUCACUGACUAUAACACCAAACAUGUAUCAUUCACUUCAUCUCAAUUUCAAGAUCUACUUGAUCGAAUGCCUCACCUUACGUCCUUACAAUUCAAUGAAUAG